AUGACGCAGCUCGACCACAUCCCCGGCGUCCCCUCCGCGAGCUCUCCUCGGUGCCGGCCCAAGAUGACGACCAACAUCAAACCCGCGCACGACCCCGUAACGGUCACGGACGGGUAUCGGUUCCACCUGCGCACGCCCUCGUCGUCCUACGUCUUCCACGAGACGUAUGGCGACCUGAUGGCGGACCACUGGGGAUCUCUCCUGACAUCUCCUUACGCGAUCGAGGAACCCGACUCGGAGCCUCCGGGGUGGAUGACGAUUCAGCGGCGGCGCGAGUUCCCCACUCUCGGGUCCGGCGAUUUCAGGACGCCCGCUCUAGUCCUGGCCGCGCAUGACGGGUGCGAGAGCUACAGCUUCGCCUUCGACGGACACAAGGUGCACAGGGGCAAGCCGUCUCUUCCGGGCAUGCCGUGCACGUUCGGCAAGGAGGGGGACGUGACCACGCUCGAAGUAAGGAUGAAGGAUACGGCGAACAACGUCGUUGUGAGGCUGUUCUAUGCCGUGUGGCAUGGGCAUGAUGUCGUGUCCCGGUGGAUGGAGAUUGAGAAUAGGGGAGAGAAGGAGAUCACGGUCAAGAAGGCGAGCCAGGGCACCGAUCUGCCCAACGAAGAGUGGGAGCUCGCGUACACAUACGGCAACUGGGCAGGCGAGCGGAGGGUGCACCGCAAACCAGUCGGACACGGGAUGCAGGGCGGAGCACGCGCUGACGACAGCUUCCAGAGUCUGGCGGGAUACACCUCGCACCUGUUCGGACAGGAGUAUCUCCUCCUUCCUCCCUCGACGACCGAGACCUCCGGCCCAGCCUGGGGGUUCGCGCACAUCUACUCUGGCUCGUUCGAGGCGCAGAUCGAGCGCGAUUUCAACGGACACGUCCGCUGUCUUUUCGGGAUCAACCCGCAGCAUCUGGCCUACCCCCUCCCCGCCGGCUCUUCCUUCACCACACCCGAACUCGUGCUCGCCUACUCCCCCUCUGGCGGCGUGGGGCAGCUGUCUCGCAACCUGCACAGGUUCUGGAAACAGCACCUCCUGAACCAGGACUGGGUGCACCGUCCCCGCCCCACGCUCGUGAAUAACUGGGAAGCGACCUACUUUGAUCUGGACGAGAAGAAACUCCUCCCCAUCGCUGAGCGGGGCGCGGAGCUGGGCAUCCAGCUCUUCGUGCUUGACGACGGGUGGUUUGGGCGCAAGUACCCGCGCACCAGCGAUAAACAGGGCCUUGGGGAUUGGGUCGUGAACAAGGAACGUUUCCCGCAUGGAUUGGACGAGUUUGGGCGCAAGGUUACGUCUCUAGCUCUUGGCUCCACCGACGGUCACCACAAGACGAAAAAACACAUGCAGUUCGGCCUCUGGGUCGAGCCCGAGAUGGUCUCGCGCCGCUCUGCCUUGUAUGAGGAACACCCCGAGUGGGUCCUGCGCGCGCCCCGGACAGAGCCGACCGAGACGCGGCACCAGCUCGUCCUCGACCUGGGCCAGAGGGCUGUGCAGGACUACAUCAUCUCGUCGAUUUCUGCGCUGCUCGACUCGGCGCCCGUGUCCUACGUCAAGUGGGACAACAACAGGGGCAUGCACGAGCUUCCCCGUCCCUCGGCUAUGCACGACUAUCAGCUCGGGCUGUAUCGCGUCCUUUCAACGCUUACUUCGAGAUAUCCCAAGGUGUUGUGGGAGGGCUGUGCCAGUGGUGGUGGGCGGCUGGAUCUGGCCCUAAGUGCGUAUUUCAGCCAACACUGGACCAGCGACAAUACGGAUGCGCUGGACCGGAUCGCGAUCCAGUUCGGCUCGUCGCUCUUCUUCCCCCCGAGCCUUAUGGGCGCGCACGUGAGCGUCGUGCCCAACCACCAGACUUCUCGCACCACGCCCUUCGCCUUCAGGGCCCAUGUCGCGCUCAUGGCGGGCAGCUUCGGGUUCGAGCUCGACGUCACCAAGCUCCCCAAGGAGGACGCGAAGCAAGUCCCCCAGUUCGUGGCCAUGGCGAGGGAGCUGAAUGACCUCGUCCUCAAAGGGGACUGGUACAGGCUCAAUAAUCCCUGGGAGAGUAAUUGGCCCGCGGGCAUGUUCCUGAGUCAAGAUGGGAGGGAGGGGGUCGUGUUCUGGUUCCAAGUCCGGGAUCACACCAGGGGAGACGUCGCGCCGCCGCUCAAGUUGCAAGGACUCGAUCCCAAGCUCGAGUACAAGCUCGACGGGAAGAAGUACGCCGGCAGUGACCUGGUGUACACUGGCAUUUCUAUCAGAGAGCAUGGCGACUACAGGAGCCGCGUCAUGCGCCUCGAGCGUUUGUAG